AUGAGCGUGAUUGGUAGAAUUACACAUACAUUCCCAUUAAGAGCACAAGUUCAGGCCAGAUUUGUUAGCCGAUCAGCUCCAGUAUUUUCGACCAAGACACAGGACGCAGAGAAAGAGAAGGCGAGAAAGCAGCUGGAGAAGGAAAAGGAAAAGGCUAAGAAGGCUAAGGAUGCUGUAAAGACGAAGCUUAGCCCACCAAAGCAAGCGCCAACCGCAUGGCAGCUAUUCUUCAUUGAGGAGUUAGAUAAGGCGAGACAACAAGGUAAAAUAGAGAUUGGCGUUAUUAGCCACUCAGCUUCUGAGCUCUACAAGAAACUGACAGAUGCCGAGAAAAUGCCCUACGUUGAACAUUCCAAGGAACUUCGUGCAAAGCAGGCAAAGGAGUUCGCUGAGUAUAUUAAGUCGCUCCCAUACGAUGUUCUCAAGAAGGAGAACUCUUUACGCACCAAGCUUCGUAAGCAGGGCAAGAAGGGCGUUCAGAAGAUCAGGGACCCAAAUGCGCCAAAGAGACCUCUUACAGCGUACUUUGCGUAUUUGAAGGAUUUGAGGGAUAAAGAGGAUUUCAGGCAAAGCAUUUUCGGCAAUGAUGCCACUGGCUGGCUCCAGUCUUCCAUUAUCGACCAGUCAAGAGCUGCGUCAGACAAGUGGAAAGCGCUUUCAGAGGACGUCAAGCAGACAUACAAGGACAAAGCUACAGAGGCUAAGAAGAAGUACGAAGAUGCUAAAAUUGAAUAUCAAAACUCCUUCUUGUAA